AUGAACGUGUUUCUUAUAUUUUUAAUGACCCUUUGCUCAGGUCUUGCUGAAUAUCUUAUCUCAUCUGAUCAAUUAGAAGUGGUGUUCGAAAAAUAUUUAAGAAAUGCUGAGUUAUCUCCAUCAGAGUACAAAUUACAAGAAGACAUUUUUGAAAUUCUUCGAAGACCUACAUACGUGACCUCGAAAACAGAGUAUCAGUCGGAAGUGCGUUCGAGCCUGGAUUGUUUAUUAUGCAGAAGCGCUUUUUCGGCUUUAUUUCAAUUGGUCAAAGACGGGGCAAGUGAUGAAGACUUAACACAAGCGAUAGCAAAUAUAUGCACCCUACUAAAUAUAGAAAGCGAAAAUGUUUGUAGUGGAGUAAUUGAUUUAAACCUGCACAUCAUCACUUACAUAAUCAGAAAUACACCUGAAGCAACGUCGAGAAACUUUUGUGGGCUUGUUUUACAAAAGGUCGGCAAUCCCAAUUUUUGCACCAACGAUGACCCAAGAUUUGAAUGGCAGGUUGAAUUACCGGAACAAAUAGAAGAUGAAGUCCCCUCUAUUUCCGAUGGGUCUCCACUCACUAUAGCAAUUAUUACGGAUACACAUAUAGACCCGUUAUAUGAGCCAUUUGGAGUAGCGGAUUGUGGAGAGCCAACCUGCUGUCGAAAAGGGCAAACUAUUUCUCAAUCCUACACAUACACACCAAUCGCAAACGAUGUAGAUGUGCAGGACAUUGUGGUUUUUAACCGUGAUGAUAUUUUGUUAAACAUGAGUGCGGUGCCAAAAAUGAAAGAGAUACGGAGUAAGUACCGUACAAGAUUUCAAACUUCAAGAAAUGUUGCGCCGGCAGGAUAUUGGGGAGAUUACAGGAACUGCGACACGCCAAAAUGGGCAUUUGAUGACGUUAUUGAUAGGAUGGCUUCCUCACAUCAGUUUGAUGUUGUGUAUUACAUCGGUGACACCAUAGACCAUUUUGUAUGGGAGACCACUUAUGACAUGAUAAAUGAAACUAAUUUAUAUUUAAUCGAAAAAAUGAGACAGAGCUUCGGAGACAAUGUGUUAAUUGUACCAACUAUUGGAAACCACGAGUCACAACCAACAAAUCAGUUUGCACCGCCUACAGUUACAGCACCAAAGUUGAAUACCACUUGGUUGUAUGAAGCCUUAUUGAACAAAUGGGACUAUUACUUGACCAACGAAGCUAAGGCGACGUUUAGAGUUCGAGGCGAUUUUUCAAGAUUAGUAAAACCCGGUUUAAGAGUUAUUUCGCUUAAUACUAACAUGGCUUAUAAAUAUAACUGGUGGCUAGUAUAUGACCCUUUGGAGCCAAAGCGUCAUUUAGAUUGGCUCGUACAAGAGCUCUAUAAAGCGGAAUUGGCUGGAGAAAAGGUUCACAUACUGACUCACAUACCGCCUGGAGUCCAUGAUUUUCCUUAUGUAUGGACUAGGGAAUACAACCGAAUAGUUAACAGAUUUUCAUCAACAAUCGCAGCCGAAUUCAACGGCCACGUUCACUCGGAUGAGUUUAAGAUAUUUUAUAGUUUGUCUGAUGGUAGACCUAUCAAUGUAGCUUGGGGAGGGGGCGGCGCGACUGCAUAUAGCAAUUAUAAUUUAAAUUAUAAAAUUGCUACCUUCGAUCCAUCGACAUUUGAGCCACAAAACAUAGUAAACUACGUGUAUAACUUAACAGAAGCAAAUUUGACACCCGACCGCCGGCCACAUUGGUUUCAACUGUACGACAUGAAAAACGAUUUUGCUAUCAGUAAUUUAAAUCCCGAGACAAUGGACCGCUUGGUUCAUCGUAUGGUGACGACUAACACUAACUUAUUAGAUUUGUAUUCCGCGUAUUAUUCAAAAUUGAGUGACACAAGAUGGCCGUUCUGCAAUAGCGAAUGCAAGUUGGAUAAUCUGUGUAAAAUCGUAACAACUGUUCUCUGGCAAAGGGAAAAAUGUGAAGAGCUUCGGAAAGAGUUUUAUUCAAAACAUAAAGCAUAA